CCCUUCAAAAACCGGCUUCCGCCAGGUGAAAAGGAAGUCCGAGUGCCACAGAAGCAUUUGGAUUGAAAACCUGUUGACGGAUUUUUAUUCAUUCAGGAGAAAAUGUCGAGAAAAAAUGACAAAUCUACAGCCCCAGCUGACAAACUGACUCGUAUUGCAAUUGUGAGCAAUGACAAAUGUAAGCCAAAAAGAUGCAGGCAGGAGUGCAAAAAGUCAUGUCCUGUUGUCAGAAUGGGAAAAUUAUGCAUUGAGGUAACUCCUGCAGACAAAAUUGCUUUCAUUUCUGAGGAGCUCUGUAUUGGAUGUGGUAUCUGUGCCAAGAAAUGUCCUUUUGAAGCUAUAUCCAUCAUCAACUUACCCAGUAAUCUGGAAAAAGACACAACCCACCGAUACAGUGCCAACUCCUUCAAACUUCACAGACUUCCAAUUCCCAGACCAGGAGAGGUGCUGGGUUUGGUCGGCACCAAUGGUAUUGGAAAGUCCACUGCACUGAAAAUUUUGGCAGGAAAACAGAAACCAAACUUAGGACGCUUCAAUGAUCCUCCUGACUGGACAGAGAUCCUGACCUACUUCCGAGGAUCAGAACUGCAAAACUUCUUCACAAAAAUCCUUGAGGAUGAUCUGAAGGCCAUUAUUAAGCCUCAGUAUGUAGAUCAGAUCCCAAAGGCCGUCAAGGGAUCUGUUCAGCAGUUACUGGACAAAAAGGAUGACCUAGGAAAUCAGACAGAAGUGUGUAAACAACUGGAUCUAGUAAAUGUCAAAGACAGAAAUGUGGAGGAUCUAUCAGGAGGGGAACUUCAGAGGUUUGCUUGUGCCAUGGUGUGUAUACAGAAGGCUGAUAUUUUCAUGUUUGAUGAGCCCUCAAGUUACCUGGACGUCAAACAGAGACUGAAGGCUGCCCUGGCUAUCCGACAAUUGAUUCAUCCAGACAAGUUCAUCAUUGUGGUAGAACAUGACUUGUCUGUGUUGGAUUAUCUCUCAGACUUUAUCUGUUGUCUCUAUGGAGUUCCCGGGGCCUAUGGGGUUGUUACUAUGCCUUUCAGUGUCAGAGAAGGAAUCAACAUUUUCUUGGAUGGAUUUGUCCCGACAGAAAAUCUAAGGUUCAGAGAGUCGUCCUUGACAUUCAAGGUCGCAGAAACAGCCUUGGAAGAAGAAAUCAAGAGGAUGUGUAGAUAUGAAUAUCCAGACAUGAUGAAAAAGAUGGGAAGUUUUGAACUCAGGGUUGGUAGUGGACAGUUCACAGAUUCAGAAAUCAUUGUGAUGUUGGGUGAGAAUGGAACAGGGAAGACGACAUUUAUCAGAAUGCUGGCAGGAAAACUGACACCAGACGAAGGAGGGCCAUGCCCAAUGUUAAAUGUAAGCUACAAGCCACAGAAGAUUAGCCCCAAGUCCCAGGGUACUGUGAGACAGCUACUGCAUGAAAGAAUCAGGGAUGCUUAUGUACACCCACAGUUUGUGACAGAUGUCAUGAAGCCUCUCAUGAUAGAAAACAUCAUUGACCAAGAGGUUCAGAACUUGUCUGGAGGAGAGUUACAGAGAGUGGCCUUAGCUCUGUGUCUAGGAAAACCAGCAGACGUGUACCUGAUUGAUGAGCCAUCUGCUUAUCUGGAUUCUGAACAGCGUCUGCAUGCUGCAAAAGUCAUCAAGAGAUUUAUUUUGCAUGCCAAGAAGACUGCCUUUGUAGUGGAGCACGAUUUCAUCAUGGCUACAUACCUUGCCGACCGGGUUGUGGUCUUUGAUGGAUCUCCUUCUAUCAGUACAAAGGCUAAUAGUCCUCAGUCACUUUUGAAUGGAAUGAAUAACUUCCUUGAAUCCCUGGACAUCACAUUCAGACGAGAUCCCAACAACUUCAGACCCCGAAUCAACAAACUCAACUCUGUCAAGGACACUGAACAGAAGAAGAGUGGUAACUUCUUUUUCUUGGAGGACUGAAACUAGGUCAGUACGACCCUGGAGCUCGUUAGCUUGGGCUCUCCGAGCUCUAACAUUGUGUUCUGGUGCCUGGCUGUUAUUCUACAAGAAAAUGGUGGAUGAGUUUGUUACACAUACAAAUUAAAAAAGAGAUAAUCUUGGAAAACCUUUCAAAACUUGAUAUUAAAUUAUGAAUUGUAUUUGCAAUUGUCUGUAAUUUUGCAUUGUGCCCAAAGAUGUUAUUCAUGAUGAAGGUUAUUUUGGUGUUGUUAAAAACUUUAUAAUGUAAAAAUUAACAGUUAUAGGUCUACAUGUAUAUAAUGGUUAUGACAAAUUCCUUAUUAGAAUAUGCAGAAUAAGAAAAAAGAAAAACAAGAGAGAACUUAAUAUUCUGCUCAUUGACCAACUGAUCAAAAAAAAAAAAUGAAAUUAAGAUCUUGACCUUGAAUACUGUACAUGCGUCAACUUGAUAUAUUUUGAGACAAGUAGAUAUACUUUUAUAAAUCCUUUUAGAAGUAUACUGAUGUAGACCAAGAGAGUAUGGCCAGACACAAUUUUAUUUUUCAAUAUUAUGGUUAUUACAGACAUUUUUGACAAAAAAUGGUUAAAGGUUAUAUUUACUGCACACUGCUGGUGUGCUGAUCUUUAUGCAUUGUGAUAGAAAUGUGACAAUGACUUCUUUGUUUUUCUCAAAUUUGAAAUCUGAAUAUACCAAACUACUGUUACCUCAAAGAGUAUCAAACAAAGUUUCCCCCAAGUGACGCUGUUUGCUUUCAGACUUUCUUAAAUUGCCCCUUUUAUUUCCAGUUUACAUUGAAGGUGCAGUUGAAUGUAAAUUAUUUUUAAUUUUUGUUGAAUUUAUUGGUAGGUGCAAUUGUGAAAAAAAACAACAACAAAGAAUUUCAUUUUGAUAUUUCAAUAAAUGAUCUAAGC